CUCUUCUGCUGUCAGCGAUGGCGUCUGCUGAUCUAAGGAAGGAGCUGGAAUGUUCCGUCUGUCUGGACAUUUAUACAGACCCUGUAACCCUGAAAUGUGGACACAACUUCUGCCGAGUCUGUAUUAAUGAUGUGCUUGACACACAGGAGGGGUCUGGAGGUUAUACCUGUCCCGACUGUAGAGAAAAUUUCAGGAAACGUCCUGCACUUCAGAAGAACUUUACUCUGUGUAAAAUAUUGGUGACCCUCCAGACUGCAAAGUGUGAUGAGAACAAAACUGGGAUCCUCUGUGCUCAUUGUAUUCACACUCCUGUACCUGCUGUGAAGUCCUGUCUGCAUUGUGAAGCUUCUCUGUGUGACAACCACCUGAGAGUCCACAGCAAGGCACCAGAACACGUCUUAUGUGACCCCACCACCUCCCUGGAGAACAUGAAAUGCUCCGUCCAUAAGGAACUACUGAAGUAUUACUGCACUGAGGACUCUGCCUGUAUCUGUGUGUCCUGCAAGCUGGAUGGAGAACAUCGAGGACAUCAGGUGGAGACUCUGGAUGAGGCUUCUGAGAAGAAGAAGAAGAAACUGAGAAAUGUUCUGCAGAAACUGAUGACAAAGAGAGAGGAGACGGAGAGAAGAGUCCAGAGUCUGGAGGAACACAGGAGGAAAGUACAAGGAAAAGCAGCUGGUGAAACAGAGAGAGUCACUGCUCUGCUCAGAGACCUCAGGAGACGUCUGGAGGACCUGGAGAAGAGAGUCCUGAGUGAGAUCUCCGGGCAGGCAGAGCGGGCUUCACUAUCAUUGUCUCAUUUGGUCCAGCAGCUAGAAAUAAAGAAGGACGAGCUGUACAGUAAGAUAUUCUACAUUGAGGAGCUGUGUAACAUGACGGAUCCACAGACUGUCUUACAGGAAUCAUACACAGGUGACUUGUGUGAUACUGAGGAUGGAGAUGAUGGGGACAGAGAGAGACAUGAUAGACUCCUCCAUGAUGGAGGGGAUCUGGAUGUGGCGGGGAUCUCACACACAUUACACACAGGUAUAUCUGAUAUCAUGUCUGGGGUAAUUGUACAGGAAGUUAAAGGUAUAUUACUGGAUGUGAACACAGCUGGUAACAGACUACAUAUAUCAGAUGACAGGAAAACUGCAACCUGCUCAUCAUCUCAGAAUCGCCCAGAAACUCCAGAGAGAUUUCAGUGUCCUCAGGUGUUGAGCAGUCGGAGUUUCUCCUCAGGGCGACAUUGCUGGGAAGUGGAUGUUCGGGGUUCAGUAAUCUGGAGACUUGGGAUGUGUUACCCCAGUGUAGACAGGACAGGAGGUCAGUCAGUGAUUGGAAAUAAUAAGAAGUCCUGGUGUUUGAAGAAGAGGUUAUGGCAUAAUCAGUACUCAGUGAUGCAUGACAGGAAGAAGAUCCAAUUACCCGGCAAUAUCUCCAGUAACAGAGUCAGGAUAGUUCUGAAUUAUGAGGCCGGGCGGAUCUCCUUUUAUGAAUUGUCUGACCGGAUCAGACACCUCCACACCUUCACUACCACCUUCACUGAGCCCCUACAUGCUGGGUUAUGGGUAGGGGAAGGUUGUAUAAAUAUAUGUGGGGAUAAUCAGAUUUAA